AUGGCUUCCCUGUCGAAACUUCCAGACGAAAUCAUCAUCCUGAUUGCCGAGGUGUGCGAUGUGCCAAGCAAGGCGUUCCUCGCCAGGUCGAACUGGCGCUUGAACAGCCUAGCGACAGAAGUUCUCUAUCGGUACAAUGUGCAACAUGAAGGAAACAGCGCCAUGUACUGGGCUGCUGAGCAUGGUCAUGUCAAUGCACUUGAGCAGCUGCGGUCCUGCGGCGCUGAACUCAACGACAGCAGUGGCUCACGGCUCCCCAUCGUCUUCCGGCGCCUCUGUCCAAAUUCGUCGCGACGUCUUUCCACCAGCUUCGGCUUUCUGCCACUUCACGUUGCCACUAAAUUUGGCCAAGAUGCCGCCGUCGAAUGGUUCUUGAGAAAUGGUGCUAGGAUUGAGUCUUUGUCACAGAACCUUUGUCGGUGUGAGGCUUCAUUAGCGGGAGAGGGCACACGUCACUGGGCACCACUCUGGACACCGCUACACAUAGCCAUCUGCAACGGCAAUUUAUCUACGACAAAGUUACUCAUAUCUCACGAAGCCACUGUUGAAACUCUAGAAGUCGGUGGAUUCGACGGCAACAAUGUGCUCCACAUCGCUGCUCGUUGCAACAAUACCGAGGCUAUUGAAUUCCUUGUUGGCAGUGGGUUGGUGGACGUGGAUGAGCCUGAUAGUGACGGCUCCGUCGCUUUACAUUAUGCCUGUUCACACUUGGACAAUGCCCCAGCCCUGGAAAAACUGCUAGAACUUGGAGCUUCUGUGGAUAUUUUAGCACAGGACAUGUCACCCUUGCUCCUAGCCUGCGAGCGGGGGUUCUUCGAAGCCGCCCUCAAGCUUGUCAACAAAGGCGCAAUCCACGAUGUUGCAGAUCCGAACCUGAAUUAUCUAUUACAUAUCGCUUGGAGGACGUUUGAGUGUUUUCCUUGUUUCCGGGAGCGGCCUGUCCGCGCAGUCUGGGAAGAACACAGAGAAGCCUUCAUCCGACGGCUUGCCGAGCUUGGAGCCAACGUUGAUGAUAAACAAUUAAGGAUCCUGACGCCACUCGCACUUGUUGUGGGCGACAGAACAUCUCUCUUGCGCACGAUAAAAAUCUUUCUCGAUGUCGGCGCCGACGUGAACGCCUUGGACAGAUCCAACAAGAAUCUUAUCUACUUGGUGCUUGAAGGGGGUGAUUUCGACGCUAGCGCCGCAAGUAAACUCGAGUUAUUGCUUCGAUAUGGGGCUCGUCUUGACUUAUACGCCAGACAUGGAUAUUGCGCAUUUGAUCACGCGCUGGAUAUUUCUCGAUCCACAGGUAAUGCCUCCGUCAUCGAUUACAUUUUACAACACGCCUCAGUGGCGAACUUUGGAGAUGGAUACCUCAAUCGUGUGGUCGCACAUUCAUACACCUGUAAUCGCUUCAAUGAGUGUCGCCUUCUGAUAGGCCAUGGAGCAGUCCUCGAAUUAUCACAAGAACGAUUGGAUAAAGGAGUCCUUCAUGGUAUCGUACGAAAGAAUCUCGAGCAGCUCUUCUUCCAUCUCGACCUUUUCCCUAAUCGAAUCACUACAUACAAGAUGAUCAGGAUCGCUCUAAGAAGCUACAAAGAUGCCGAUGAGGAAGAAAUAGCAAUUAUCAAAAGCCUUCUCGACAGGCUGGGCUCCGACUCCGAUGGGGAUGAUAAUGUGUCUCGGCUGCUUCGCAUAGCCUGCAAGUAUCAUCUAAAGGUAGAUGUUGCCGAGCUGCUGCUAGAAAGAGGCGGACGGGUGAAUAGUUUCGACCCCGAUUGGGAGACUGCGCUUGGUUUUUCCGUGGACAACGGGUGUCGCCACAUGGUGAAAUGCCUGCUGCAUCAUGGCGCUGAUCCUCAUUUGACACCUCCGGAUCAGCUUUGGAGUGCUCACGUCCGUAAAUUUCAUUCUGGGCCCUAUCUGAAGCAUCUGGCUCUUGGAGAUUCACGGUAUCCAACCGCUUUUAUGAGAGCAAUAGAUUCUCUGCAUCUCCAUGGAGAUCCGCAUGAGUCUUGUCAGGCCGAGUCCAACGAUGUAAUGCUACGUCCCCUCGAGUUGAUGCUGGAGCACCUGCCGCCGCCACCGAUUCCUCAAGACCCACAGUUCCUGAGUUAUAUCCAUUUUUCUCUUGCUCAUCCUGCAUCUCUCAGGCUCCUACUCGCGAAGGGCGCGGAUCCCAACUCUGGCGACCACUGCAUCCGACCGCCGCUGCUGCAUUUCCUCACCAUGGCCAACAGACCCACCAACCCGGAAGCCCUCGGCAUCCUGCUUGAAUUCGGGGCAGAUAUACACCGGAAGAAUGGCGAGGGAAAGUCCUUUCUGACAAUGAUGAGGAAUUCCACCCUGGCCAUGGCCAACAAUGCGGAUGAUGACGCGGAACUUGAACUUGAGAAACUGGAUUUCGCAGGGCUGCUGGUGAGGAACUUCUUCAUUACACUUGAUGCGAAAUCCGGGGAGGACUGCGUAAGAUCGCGGCCUUUGGCAGUGGCCGAAGUCAAUUACUUGGAAUAUGUCACUCGGUUGGCCAUGAAUCAAGAAAGUAAAAAAUAG